AUGGAUGUUGAAAAAUCACGUACCACCAAAUUUAUGGGAGAUAAUAAUAUUCUGAAAGAAAAGACAACAGAAAUAGGCUCCUAUAGUAGCAAGGAAAAGGCUGAAAGCAAUUCUGGUGAUGUUACAGAAAAUUAUGAUUUUAUGAAGAGCUGUGAUAGCAUUAAUACGUUAUUUCAAGGAGGAAAUGAAAUAAGAGAAGGUGAGCUCAACGGAAUUAUGAACUGUUCAGAAGAAAGGAAUAACGUUUCCAGUAGUGAUAAAAAUGCAUAUUAUUGUACAAGCAAAAGUGAUAAUAUAUCCAUAAACAUUUAUACCACAAAUAGAAAAGAUUUGUUACGUUAUGUGCUUAACAAUAAUAGUAUCUUAAAAACCAAAAUAAAUUUGGAAGAAAAUAUAUCAACAAAAAGGAAUGAUAAGAAGAAUUUUGACGAAAUCUAUGCAAAUGAUAUAGAUAGAAAGAGAAGCAUAAUAUUAAGCAAAAGUAAUUCUGUUCGUCGGAGAAAUGCAAGUGAAGAGUGUAAUUUGAAUUAUCUAAAAUGUAAUAAAAGAAACGAAAAAUAUAAUAGCAAUGAAAAAAAUGUAAAACAUGCAUGUAAGGAAUAUACGUCUUAUCAUUAUCAUGAAACGGAGAAAACAGGUUUAUGGCUAGUUGAUUCAGUUAACAGAUUAUUAGAUAAUUUAAGUGAUAAUAAUUCUAAGGAUUUUUUUAUAAAUAAUGUUCAUUCGAAGGAAAUGAAUCACUACAGUGGUAAUAAUAUGACUUGUACGAAUGUAAAGGGAUACUCAAAAAUAAAGUGGUCAGAUUAUGUAAAAUUUAAUAGCCUUAUUUAUUAUAGUCAUAUUUUGCCAAUAUAUGAAGGUAUACGUAAAAUGUUUAUAAAUUUUCAAAAGGAAAAAUUAGAACAGAGAGAAAAAAAAAAAAAAAAAAAAAAAACUGACUUAACCAUGUUCGCCGUAUCAAAAUUUUCACGAAAAAAUCUAAAGAAUCCAUGUAAUUCUGAAUCUUAUGCAAAUCUGUUUAGCGAAAGCAUGUCUAACGGAGGAGUUGGAAUGGCACAAAACCGUGAUAACACAACAGAUAACGGUAAUGGUAUUGAUAGUGGUGAUAACAGCGGUGGUGGAAAUGAUGAUAAUAAUAAUGGUUAUGAUGAUGAUUAUGGUUAUUAUGCAUUUUCGAACUACUUUAUUCAACUGGUACGUCAGGUUAGAGAUAAAUAUAAUGAAUUUUGUGAUACUAUUGGAGAAAAAUUAGAAAAUGUAGAUAAAGAAAACUACAGCUUUAAAGAAUAUUGUAUAAUAGUAUCCAAAAUAUUUGUUACACAUAUUUUAAAUAUGAUUCCGUUUUAUGAGCUCCCGUUAUUUCUGAACAAUAUGCUUAAUUCUUUUAAUGCAUGCAUACAAUAUGAAAAUAACGAAUCAGUAAAAGAGGUUGACUUAACUAAUUCUUAUAACAUAGAUACACAUAACAGAAUUGAAACAUUGUAUAACCUACCGGUCAAUUUUAGUAAUUCCGUAACUAAUUUAAAUACAACCAUUCGACUAAAUUGUGGUGAACAGAACAAACCUACUAUAGUUGUUAGUGGCACUUGUGAAUUUUCAUAUAACGAUAUAAAUCAAAAUUUGUUGAGACGCUGUGCAACCGACACACAUGAAAAUAGACAUAAGAUGAAUAUACAACUUAAUCGAGCGAAUCGAGAAAAUUCGAAUUUUUUGGAUAGUAUAUUACCAGAAAGAAGAAACAGUUUAACAUCUAUUUUCAGUAAUUUACCAAAAUAUAUGAAGACAUAUGCAAACAGUAGAAGUAAGUUAAAUAACUUUGUUAGUAUAAAAAGAGUAUCUAAAUUAAAAAAAGUGAAUAAAAAAGCUCAUUUAAAUGAAGAUUUACCAUUGGAUAGUAAUAAAUCAACUUAUAUUUAUUCAAAAGAUAUAAAAUCAAAUACAGAUAUUAAUAUUGAAACAAUAGAAGGCGACAAGGAAAAUGUAGAUGAUCAUUUAGCAAAGAAGCCUAGUACAUCUUUUAGUCUUUAUAGCGAUUCUUUUAAUAUAACUAAUAGUGAUAAUUAUUGUAGCGUUAAAUCUUUGCCACUUAAUGGAUUUACCAAAUUAGGAAAUUCACUGAAGCAUCAAAAAAGUCAAGAAGAUUCUGUUGAGUUUUUGGAAUGUAAAGGCAACUGA